AUGUCUGCAACUGCCUCAUCAUCAUCAACUUUAUCAGAUCGGAAUGGACGUGAUGAAGAGGAUGCAUCUGGCAAUUCCCGAGAGGAAACUAGAUCUUCCUCCUCAAAUGUUUCAUCAUCAUCAUCGACUGCACUGCCCAAAAUCAUACCAUUCCCAUACUUGAUUUGCUUUGAAAAUACAUAUUAUUGGAAGGCUGCUUUUAAUCAUAUCAUUGGAAAAUUGGAAAGUUCUGCUGGAUCGCUCACGCAGAGUUCAUCCUCCACGGAUGCAUCUUCUUUGGCUGUAAAUAAUGUAAAAACAACAGAAAAUUCGAAAAAUAGAUCCAUCUCUAUAGUUGUUUUAUUUGAAAAUAUCAAUUCUGUGGAACGUGAAAAUUAUUUAUUGAAUCCUUGUUUAUGUGUGAAAACAAAUUUGAAUAAUGGAGAGAAGCAUUAUUUCUAUAAAUUAGAAAGCAUUACGAACUGUAUUUCAAUAAUUGAGCAUGCAAGUCAAAUGUCACUCUCAUGCCAACUUCGAAACAAAUUAAUCACACUGAAAGAAGAGAGGCCUGAAGUCAGACCUCAUUCAAAACCAACAAAACAAAAGCCUUCCAAAAAGAAACCAACAUCCACUACUGAUGAAGAUCUUUCCACUCGAGAUAAAAUUGAACGUGAAAAAGAUGAAAUGAUCUUGCUGGCAAAACACACCAAGAGCAUCAAUCAAGAUUCUCUUCAACAAUUAACUUCUCAACAAAAUGAUCUGAAAGAAACGAAAGAAAAAUAUUUGGAACCCAUGAACACCUACAAUGCUCUUGGAAGUCGAUUGUUGACAGGAAUGUCAUGGGGUGGAUUCUUCAAAAAUCUGUGGAGUUAUUCGAAUUGGAAAAAAAUUGAAAAACAGGCUCUUUCCUUUCAGUCUGGAGAAACAUCUGAAAAACAAAGAAGCUUAGAUUUUGAUGCCCAUGCGUUUGAAAUUUUGAUUCGAAAGGGAGAUACAAAACAUUAUACUGCAUGCAUUGCUGUGAUGCGAUCAAAAGUGAUGGAAAUUAUUGAUGACAGACAGAGCAGAUACAUUCAAGAUUCGAUCGAAUAUUCCAAUUUGAGUGGAUUGGAAGUGAUAACUCCCUUUGUUUUCACUCUCAUUUUCAAAACCACAAACACCACUCUCACAAUAUUGUCUGUAUUUACGCCUUUCAUUAUUGACCACAUCAAGAGCUGUAACAAGACAAUUAUUCCAAUGGAUGAAACUGGUUGUUUUCAUUCUUCAAAAUUUGAUUUAUUUUCCUUGUACUCUAAAAAUUCUGUUCAACUUGUACACAUUGCCAUUGAUUUGCUUCGAGACUAUUUUCCCAAAGAUUUGGAGGAGGAAACAAACAAGAAGGACGCAAAGUUAGAUUACUUACUCGAUAUUGUCAAUGAUAUUCACUCCGUUGCAAGUGUUACAAAUAAUGUUCUCUCUGAAUCGCAUCAAUUUCUGGAAGAUUUCGUGACGGAUGUGCAGGGAGUGACGAGUGAUGUUAACAAGAAUACCAGAGUGAUCAAUAAGAAAUUAGAAUCGUCGUGGUUUUAG